AUAUUCCCGAAAUGCUUUAGGAACGAUUGACUAAUAGAGGGCGCUUCGGUAGGAACGACAACUCUUGAUUAAAAUGGCGGACAUACCACAAAACGCACCUGAGCAUUGCCCAGGAACUGGAAGUGACCAAGCAGGGAAAUCAACAGCUUGUCAGGGAUGCCCCAACCAGAAUGUUUGUGCUACCAAACCAAAGGGACCAGACCCAGAUGUGGGAGACAUAACAGAAAAAAUGUCAAAAAUUAAACACAAACUGAUCAUCUUGUCUGGAAAAGGGGGCGUAGGUAAAAGCACAUUUACGGCUCAUCUGGCUCACGGUCUUUCUUCAGACAAUGAUAAGCAGAUUGGAGUAUUAGAUGUUGAUAUUUGUGGUCCAUCAUUGCCAAAGAUUUUUGGAGUUGAAGGAGAACAGGUUCAUCAGAGUGGAUCUGGCUGGUCCCCUGUGUACGUCGAUGAUAACCUGUCUCUGAUGUCAGUGGGCUUCCUAUUGUCUAAAGCAGACGAAGCUGUCAUAUGGAGGGGUCCAAAAAAGAAUGGUAUGAUCAAACAGUUCCUGCGGGAUGUGGACUGGGGAGAAAUUGAUUACCUGCUGAUAGAUACCCCUCCAGGAACCUCAGACGAACACCUAUCUAUUGCUCAAUACCUCAAAGAGAGUGAUGUGGAUGGCGCCAUAGUGAUUACAACACCUCAGGAAGUGGCUCUUCUAGAUGUCCGUAAAGAGAUAACGUUCUGUAGGAAGGUGGAUCUACCCAUCAUUGGUGUAGUGGAAAACAUGAGCAGCUUUGUAUGUCCCAAGUGUAAGGUAUCUACUCAGAUCUUCCCAGCUUCUACAGGAGGAGGGCAGAAAAUGGCAGAGGACAUGAACGUGCCAUUCCUUGGUUCUCUCCCCUUAGAUCCCAGGAUAGGCAAAUGCUGUGAUGAAGGGAAGUCUUUCCUCACCGAGGUUCCUGACUCUCCAGCGACCCAAGCAUACAAACAAAUCAUGUCAAAAAUUGUAGAGUAUUGUACUAAACGAAAUGAAAAUAGAGAAAGUGACUCAGGAGAAAUGAAGACCAAUUAAUGGAGAACUGUUCUACAAUGACUGCUAUGUUUUUCUGUGCCAAUUAGAUCCAUUAGUGCUUGCACUGCUCUUUUUUUAUGAUAAAAACACAAUUGAACAAAACAGAACAAA